GGGACCAAUCUCCAUGCUAUUCUUAACGCUAAUCAAAUCUAACUAAAAACAUCAUCUAGUCUAUAUCUACCGCAUCGCCAUGGCCUCAACACUGGGUCGUUAUCCGUUGCGUGCCAUGCUCAAUGGACCCUUGCGGAGCCGAGGACACACCACGCUCAAACCCCAUACGAUGGUCCACUUUUCGACAUGCCAAGCUCUCUGGCGCAACAAGGAAUCGACUUCGACAAACAAGAAAGACCCUGGAUAUUGGCAGUAUGAUUUCAGCUUCCGAACUCAGAUGGAGAAAAUUGUCUUGAUUGGUAUUCUUGCCUUGAUUGCGUCGGCGGGGCCUUGGUCGUGGUAUCGAGAUAUUCGCCACUGGUGGAGUGGGGUUCCGGAUGAUGAGGAUGAAUAGAGUAUGUUCCGAUGAUCGAUGUGGUGUAAUUGAAGCGAUUUAAUCAAAGAUUCUCUAUCUGCCACUUCUGUUGAAUGGUUGGGUCACAAACCGUAGUUAUGAUGAUUAUUUAACUUUCUGAUAUUAGGUACCUUUUAUCACGGUGUGAUUUCUGAUACUGCUCCGAGCCCGGCCUUCAGG